AGUUAUUCUGGGCAACCAGCCACGGCCCACGAGACCUCCGAGUCUCAGUCACGCUUCGGGAUGCGUAUGCAAGCGAUUCUAAGCCUGCUUGCGUCCACGCCUUAUGUACGGGAUUACUCCAACAUCACUCACGAUGUCCUGAACCAUCUUGGCAGCAUUUCCCCGUAUCAUCGUGCUCGUCAUUACGAUGCUUCAGAAAUCGAUUCAGAACUCCCUAUCGACUGCACCGUUGACCAAGUAAUGCUUAUGCACCGUCAUGGCUCUCGCGGUCCCAUUGGCGAACACAGAUAUAUAGAGCGGUUGAUUCAGACACUCCAUGACGCAACGGAUAUUAUCCAGGAAGUAGAACUGCCUCACGAGCUCGAGUUUCUGAGAGCGGGGUAUAAUUCAAGCCUGACGCCACAUAAUUUGACUAUACUUGGGCGCAAGGAACUCUUUGACCAUGGGGUUGAGUUCGCAUUGAAUUACCCACACCUGACAACCGACAUCAUCCUAUCUAGCGAUUCGGGUCGAGUGGUCGAGUCUGCGCGUUGGUUUGCGUUGGGUUUUUUCGGACUUAAUCCAGAUGUUCGCAUUGUGACUGUCAAUAACAAAGAUGAUCCAGUUUCUUGGAUCACUCCUGCACCAGGACCUGCUUGUCCCAACUUCGACUAUGGUUUUGGAAGGCAGGCGACGUUGACGUGGAGCAAACACUACCUACCUGUAAUCACUGAUCGCCUAAACAUGCUUCUACCUGGAGUCGGGUUCACUGAAGAUGAUAUUCAUGGGGCUUUGUUUGCUUGUGCCUAUGACUUGGCUUCACAUGGUGCUUCUCCAUGGUGUCGCGUUUUUCUACCCGAUGAAUUGGCUAAUUUCGAGUACGAGAGGGACAUCUUAAUGGAUGCUUCGUGCGCCUAUACGUUACCAGAUAACAUGGCCCCUCUCGUGGGGACGGUGUUUGUGAAUAAGCUGAUUGAGCGCUUCACAGAUUCUGAGGGUGACAGCCGGUCGUUAUAUCUUGAAUUCGGGCACGAUGUCACAAUUUUGCUUGCUCUAUCUGCUUUAGGUCUGGCAAAGGAUGACCCUCCCCUGUCCCCCGACAAGCUACGUCCUGGGCGGAAGUUUCGGACAUCUGAAUUUACACCUUUCGCCGCCAGUAUGGUUUGGGAAAAAUUCACAUGCACAAGCUCAUACGAUGGACCACAAAUUCGCCUUAUCCUAAACGAUGCUACCAUGCCUUUGACUAUUUGCGGUCAAGGUAUGGAUCCUAUACUCGGGACAUGCUCCCUCGAUACUUUCGUCAAUGCGAACCAUUACAGCACAAGCAUUCGGUUCCGGGAUAAAACCUGGAACGCGACUUGUGGGGUGUGAAUUGACCAACGCGAUAGAAAAUCUUCUUACCAUUACACUAGGUAUUUCUGUCUUGUAGAGGCCGCGAUUUAAAUUCGGCAUAAGACUCUGAGGGCAUUGCGACUUGUCCGAAAUUCCUCUGUUUUUUUGGGACUAUGUACAUCAUUUUGAAGUUACCAAGUAAUCACCAUCCAAGAAUGGAUCAAGCUUUAAACUUCAACGCUGUACACUGUAGUCUGUCAUCAUGAUCAAUGGGUAUUACUAUGCAGAGGUAAUAUGAAUGCAUCACUUGACGCAGUCUCUGCAUACUGCCAGC